AGCUCUGUGAGGCCGGGCUGGGCAUGAGUCGGGCCCUUUAAGGGCCGCUCCCGAGUAGGUGCCCGGCCCUAGUGGCUCCAAUCUCUCCUUCCUGGUCCUGCGAACGCGGAGACUGACCGAAGGGCUGUGGGAGGGGUCGGGCCGGGUUCUCGUUCAGGUGACCCGGGUCUGGCUUUAUGGCGCUGGUCACUGUGAGUCGCUCGCCGCCGGCUAGUGGCCACUCCACGCCUGUGGGACCCACGCAGGACCGAGUGGUCAGGCGCAGAGGCCGUCUCCAGCGCAGGCAGAGCUUUGCGGUGCUCCGAGGGGCUGUUCUGGGACUUCAAGAUGGAGGCGGUGGUAAUGAUACAGCGGAGGCCGGCUCUGAGUCAGUGGAGGACGCUGUGGGUGAGAAGCAGCCCCCUGAGGACCAGACCGACAAUGGGCAAGAAUUCCAGAGCCCCUGGAAACAAGUGCAAAGACAGCACCUGCACCUCAUGGUGGAGCUGCUGAGGCCACAGGAUGACAUCCGCCUGGCAGCCCAGCUGGAGGCAGCCCGGCCCCCAAGACUCCGCUACCUGCUGGUAGUAUCCACAGGAGAGUGUCUGAGUCAGGAGACCAUUCUUCUGGGGGUGGAUUUUCCUGACAGGAGCUCUCACAGCUGUACCCUGGGCCUGGUCUUGCCCCUCUGGAGUGAUACCCAAGUGUACCUGGACGGCGAUGGGGGCUUCAGUGUGACAUCUGGUGGUCUGAGCCGAAUCUUCAAGCCCAUCUCCAUCCAGACCAUGUGGGCCACGCUGCAGGUGUUGCACCAGGCAUGUGAGGCGGCUCUAUGCAGUGGCCUUGUGCCUGGGGGCAGUGCCCUUGUCUGGGCCACUCACUAUCAGGAGAAACUGAAUUCUGACCAGGGUUGCCUCAAUGAAUGGAUGACUAUGUCUGACCUGGAGUCCCUGCGACCACCUAUUGCUGAGCCUGGACAGGUCUCAGAACAGGAGCAGAUGGAGCAGGCGAUCCUGGCUGAGUUGUGGCAGGUGCUGGACAGCAGUGACCUAGAGAGUGUCACUUCGAAAGAGAUCCGCCAGGCCCUGGAGCUGCGUCUGGGAUGCCCUCUCCAGCAGUACCGUGACUUUAUUGACAACCAGAUGUUGCUGCUCAUGGCCCAGCAAGACCGGGCCUCCCGCAUCUUCCCCCACCUCUACUUGGGCUCUGAGUGGAAUGCUGCCAAUCUGGAGGAACUUCAGAGAAACAGGGUAAGCCACAUCCUGAACAUGGCCCGAGAGAUUGACAACUUCUUUCCUGACCGCUUCAAGUAUCACAACGUGCGUGUCUGGGAUGAGGAGUCCACACAGCUGCUGCCCUACUGGAAGGAGACACACCGCUUCAUUGAGGAUGCCAGAGCACAGGGCACUCGGGUGCUAGUCCACUGUAAGAUGGGUGUCAGCCGUUCUGCUGCCACGGUGCUGGCCUAUGCCAUGAAACAGUAUGGCUGGGGCCUGGAGCAAGCCCUGAUCCACGUGCAGGAGCUCCGGCCCAUCGUGCGCCCCAACCCUGGCUUCCUGCGCCAGCUACAGACCUACCAGGGCAUUCUAACUGCCAGCCGGCAGAGCCACGUCUGGGAGCAGAAAGUGGGUGUGGUCUCCCCCGAGGAGCCCGUGGCACCUGAAGUUUCUACACCAUUGCCACCCCUUCCACCAGAACCAGGGGGCAGUGGGGAGGUGAUGGUUAUGGGUUUGGAGGAAAGCAAGGAAACCCCCAAAGAAGAGCUUGGGCUGAGGCCCCGCAUCAAUCUCCGAGGAGUCAUGCGUUCCAUCAGUCUCCUGGAGCCGUCUUCAGAGCCAGAGAGCACUCCAGAGGCUGGAGACCUGCCUGAGGUUUUCUUUUCCCAUGAUUCUUCAGAUGAAGAGCCUCUUCAUUGCUUCUCUCAGCUUUCAACAGCCAAAGGUGGUCAGCGAAUUUGCAGGGGGCCUUGGCCUGCCCUCAAGUCUCGCCAGUCUGUGGUUGCCCUACACAGUGCUGCCCUGGUGGCCAGCAGGACCCGGGCCUUCCAAGAGCAGGGGCGAGGGCAGGGGGAGGCUGGGAUGUCUUCUCCACCGAGGCUCCGGAGAGUGGUGAGGCAGGCCAGUGUAGACGACAGCAGGGAGGAGGGUGGGGCCUAGGCCUCUACAUUAUGUCCCCUGGACACUAAGCAGACUCCUCAGAUGAACACCCUUUGCACCCGUGGGCCCGCACACUCCAUACAGCUCCUCCCCAGCAGUCCCUAGACCUUUGUCACUUCCUGCAGCCUUAGGUUUCAGACCUGGGUCUACCUGUCAAGGGCUCACGACUUUUCUACAUAAGGUAUAUGGGUAGACCCAUUCCAGGUGCCUUUAAGGGUAGUCAUACCCUGGUUUCAUUUCCUACCAACUUUAAGCAGCCAUGGAAUUAAAGCCAGAAAUCUAGGGCAAGUCCCCCUUGCCCUCGACUUCUGGCUGUUCUGUCCUGCUCCUUCCACCCUCUCCUACCGCAGUCCUGCAGGCAGCUAGGCCAGGGGGACCAGUGGCCACAGAGGCAGACAGCACUUUCAGUACCCAGCCCCACAGGCUCUGAGGGCUCACAGCCCCCCUUCUCCCCACAGCCGACUAGAGUCUCUACUGCUGCCCUAAGUCAUUCCGUGGCCCUCAAGGGCACUAGGCUAAAGGGAGUCUUCUUAUUCUUGAAGAUCUCUGGCCAGCCAAGUUUUUCAUAGUCAAAUAGUAUCUGGCUUUGUCCUGAGAAAUAAAAGCAUUUUCAUACUAAGUAUUUUUCCAUUUGGUGACAAAGCCAUCUGUCUUUCAAUCAGAUCCUUCUCUGUUGACACACCACACUCCCUCUCCUAGCUCCAGCUUUCUCACGUCUCUCAGGUGUCCUGUGACAGACCUGCUUUGGUUGAGUGGUGUGUUGGGGGAGGGGAAGGGGUAGCCAGUGCUAUCUCCUCAUCUCUAGGGAACAGCCUGGGUAAAUGUUAGCCAUCCUGCCCAUCAACAGGAGCAGGGGGAGCAGGCAUAUAGCGGGCAUCAGACUUGUGAUUCUGCUGGCACAGGGAGUAAACUGUGAGGAAGCACCAAUUGUGUUGCCUACCUGGACAAAAAGCCUGUUCUUAAGGUUGGACUUCUUAGGGCAUUUGAUGCUAGUUCUUGAGAAUGUUUGGGUCCUAGGAAUCACCUCCAAAGCCUUGAAUAUCAGCACAUGGGGGCAGAAGCAGGCGGGUCUCUUAUGAGUUCGAGGUCAGCCUGGUCUACAGAGUGAGUUCCAGGACAGCCAGGGCUACACAGAGAAAUCCUGUCUCAGAAAAACGAAAGCAAAAAGAGAUGUCAUUUUCAUCCUAGUCCCAAGAUGAUGCUCUGUGUGUCAGGGCACGAUGACAUACUCCACUAGUUCCAGGUAAGCGUGUUCAGUGCCAGGACUGACUCCAGACAUGCGUGUCCAGUUUCAUGAAAGUGUCUUUCCCAAAGUCUUGGGGUAGGAGAAGUCUGGUGUGUGUGUGGGUGCAGGUGGGACGGGUGGACUUGAGUCUCAGCCUUGGCUAUAUCACUUCCAAGACGUAUCCAGAGUUGGUUUGUUUUUGUAAAACAAAGCAAACCUGGGAAGCCAUAAACACUGCCCCCCACCAGCACCCCCACUACUCUUUGGUUUUGUUUAGGCACAGCUAGAGCUCAGCUUCCGAGUGCUCUCUGGAAUAAGAGUCAUUUAAACCCAUCUGGUGGCAGGCAUAGGGGCAGAAGGAGGGGUGCAGUGAAGCCAGUACAUUACUGACCCAAGAUACUGAGCUCCCUCCAGCAGCUAAGCAGGAGUCACACCAGACUGCUGAGGCUAGGGCUGAGGGCUGGAGAGAUGAGGGUUGGGAGGGCAGCCCCGCUUCCUGCUUCUUGCUCAGCUCAAAAAGCAGGGGACACAGUCAUGAACUCCCGCUCCUUCCAGCCCUCUGUUCACAAGGACCCUGGAAAGAAGGAUUAAUGAAACUGUUUGCAUCAGAAAAGAAGGAUUCAGUCUCUGUUUACUCUAGCGCCCCACUUCCAUCUUCACGGGCAAUGGCUGUUCAUAGCUUCUGAGGCCUCCAAGGACGGUGAUGUAAUCAAAUCCAGUAGUAUGUGUGUUCUUUGGAAAUGUGCUAGCAUUUAAAAUUUUUAAUUACAUUUUUAUAUUUUGUGUGUGCACAUAUGCCACAGCUUCUGGAUGGAGGACAAGAGAACAACCAGAGGGAACCAGUUCUCCCAGCGUGGAGGUUCCGGGGACUGAACUCGGGUAUUCAGUCUUGGUGGCAGGUGUCUUGAUCUACUGAGUCCUCCCACUGGCCCUAGACAACAGCAUAUUAAAAUUCUAAGCCGGGUGGUGGUGGCGCACACAACUUUAAUCCCAGCACUCAAAAGGCAGAGGCAGGUGGAUCUCUGAGUUUGAGGCCAGCCUGGUCUACAGAGCGAGUUCCAGGACAACCAAGGAUUUAAGGUUUGUGCCACUUGCCGGGCUAUAUAAGAGGCCAUUCACUGAUAAACAGUAUAUUAGCAUUUUUUAAAAUCCUAUUCCAAGUAACAUUUCACUAAGUACUCUUGUCCUUAUUUUUGUUUACAAAAAUAUUUUGUUUGCUACUCAAUCUGUGGGACAUAUUUCUAAGAUUGCUAAAGCAAAGACUAUAUUUUUUAUUUCAUGAGACACUGCCUAAUUUCCUUCCAGGAAGUUGCACCUAUUUACAGCAAUGGGAAUGUCUACCUCCUUAAAGGGCCAUCCAGCCUACACGCCCAAGUCACCUUCCUGUACUGUCAGACGGGCGGGCAAAGGGCAGGUAGGCCUUACAUCCACUGCUGUUUAGGAACCAAGCCUUAGAAGAAACUACUGAAUCUAGAGCCUCAGUCAGAUCCUGGGUUUCUAGAUUUCAAUCCAGGAGCCUCACUCCCCGCACUGAGACGUCUGUUUCCCAGAGGUCAAUCCUCUGGUUUUACAAUAGUGCUCAAGCCGUGGAGAACCGCCUGGAAACGCCCAACUCCAACAGGCAGGGACAUUAAAAUCCUGUGUCCGGUCCGGGUCCGAGUUCCCAUUCAAUUCCCACCUGACACCGCAGCCCCUACUUGAACACUUGGGGUAAGGAGGAGCUCGCAUCUCUCAAGGUAGCCCCACCUUGGACUAGUUCCCGUCUUCAAAGCCUUCUCCUGGCCCAGGGCCUCUUUAGGCCGUUUAAAAACACAAUAAAAUUAAACCCUCCGCAGAG